GGCCUCCGCUCGCCAGGGCCGGGCUCCGCAGGGAGCCGCGGGCCGGCUCCCACCCGCGGCCAUCUCCCGGUCGCCGUCCCCGUCCCCCUCCGGGCGCCAUGGAGGGCGAGGGGAACGCGACCCUCCUCCCGCCCUGCGGCGCCAGCGAGCCGCCCUUCGCCUGGGAGCUGCUGGGCAGCCUUGACCUAGCUGGUAGAUUUCUCUUUGCAAUCUUGACUCUGAUGACGCUAAUUGCUGAUCUGGUAUUUAUAGAGGAAGUGAUCUACAUCUACAGGAAAAUCCCCUCCUCCAAAAGAUCAAUCUUAAUUUGGAUAAAUGCUGCGGCUCCAGUGAUUGCUACUACCUCAUGCAUUGGCAUGUGGAUUCCUCGCUCAACAAUGUUUACAGAUUUCACAGCAGCAGUAUUUUUUGCCAUAGUUAUCCACAAGUUCCUGAUGAUGAUGAUUAAAGAGUGUGGGGGCCAAAAGCUGUUCCUCAGGCGGUUUGAAAAUGGUCGCUUCAAGAUCAGCACGGGUCCCUGCUGCUGCUGCUGCCUUUGCCUCCCCGGCGUGCGCAUCACUAGGCAAACCCUCUUUUGGCUGAAGCUGGGCACCUUCCAGUUUGCUUUCUUCCGACCUAUGUUCAUGUUUCUGUCAAUAGUGCUUUGGACCAACGGCAAUUACAGCCUUUCUAAUUUGUCUCCUGAAGGAGCUGCGAUAUGGAUUAGCUGCUUCGUUGCUGUCCUUACCAUUAUUGCUCUGUGGCCAGUUGGAAUCAUGUUUCAGCAAGUCAGGGUUCUCCUUAACUGUAAGAAGAUCAUCCCUAAAUUUGCUCUUUAUCAGUUUGUCCUGAUUCUGAACCACCUGCAAGCAGCUAUUAUCAACAUCUUGGCCAUGCAAAGAAUUAUCCCUUGCGCUCCGCCACUCUCCUCUUCAGCAAGAGGAGCCUAUAUAACCCACCAGCUCCUCAUCAUGGAAAUGUUUCUGAUAACCCUAAUGUCAAGGGUGGUCUAUCGGAGAAGAUACGAUGAACUAGAGCCUCCAGAGCAUGCCUGUGAAGAAGAAGGGGACAGCAAGCAGACUCCUAAGAUUAUCCUGAAUGGUGCAGUUAGUGAAGAUGGAUUGCCAGGCUUUUAGAAGCCCCCAGUGCUCCUGUUCUGCAGGAGCUGGAAGCUCAGCUUCAGGAGCAUCUUUCACCACAAAUAGCCACUGCCCAUGUCAGAACAACUUCUGACAUAAAUGCGUGUGUGCUGCACUGAAAGGACCAAUGAGUGGAAUGAUAACCCUAUUUAUUCUCCAGUGAUUCAUCAUACAUGGUGUGAACGUUUUCACACUAUGUUCUUUUAUUCUGUGAUUGAGCACUUGAUGGUAGCCAAACUGUCUCACAAUGUGAUAUAUAUUUUUUUAUCUAUUAGAAUUGCUGUGAUUUAAAGUUAACCCAGAGCCAUUCUUCUAUCAUCUAUUUUGAAUUCUUUUAAUCCUCUUUCAGGUAGCCUGGAUUGAUGUCAUACGUCCCAAACUGCAUUUUCCUAUCCUUCCUCCAUUAAAAUUUAUCAGCUCUCACUCUGUCACAAGGUCACCGUAGCUAAUUCUGAUCAGUAAAUACAUUUGCAAGUUUGUUCUUAAAUCCCCAAACCUCCCUGGGCUCUCCACCUACAUAAAUGGAAAUUUCCAUUUAUGGGAAGACUUCUUACAUUCCUUGUCAAUUCACCACCUAACUUGGUAAAUACACGGUUGCUGUAUUUAAA